AUGGAGUCAAGCCGACGCAUUGUUGUUAUCAUGAUCAUUUUAACAGCUCAUGCUAGUUUACUUGGGGGACAAGGAUCUGAUCCCGUUUGGCUUUCCAGUGAGAAGAAGGAGAUGAUCCAUUGUGACUUAAAAGCUAAAGCAACCGUGUCCCUAGAUGGUACCGGAGACCACCGCACCAUCACGGAAGCACCGGCGGCGGUACCUGAAAACAACGUCUCCCCAUACGUCAUACAUGUCAAGGAAGGAGUUUACAAAGAAAACGUCAAAGUGUCCAAAAAACAUGUUGUGAUGUUUGGCGACGGAAGCCACAAAACGGUCGUCGUCGGCAACAUGAGUCGAGUUGAUUUUCCCGAUUUGGCUACUUUCGAGACAGCGACGUUCUCGGUUCUCAGAGACAAUUUCGUGGUAAAGGAUAUGAUGUUUCGUAAUGUGGCCGGACCGGAGAAACACCAAGCUGUCGCUUUCCACAGCAAGUCCUCCUUUUUCCGUGAUCAUUAUGCCACGACAGCCACUUUUGGGACAGGUGGUAACUGUUACAGUGCAAGUGAUAAGCCUAUACAAGUGUAUACUAGAAGGAAGAACAGAGGAAUUGGAGCACGUGCGGACGAAGAGGGAGACACGUGCGAGUAA